GCUAGUAUUAAUCCAUGGUCACACUUAUUGUUUUUCUCCCAAACAUUCGCUUGGAUUUUGUUAUUCUCCAUUAUUAUUAGUUAUCCCGCAUUUUCCUUCAAAAAUAUGGCUUCGAUUGCCAAGUUUUUGGUGCUCCUCGCCUCCAUGGCCACAUUCGGGUACUCCCUCUACGUGGUGGGUCGGCUUAUGCUCUUCCUCUCGACACCUCGCUCCAUUUCAAAGGCGCACACAUGGAUUUUCAAUUUACUGGACAACAAAUCCCGCCUUGAAACCGCCUAUGGUCCCGUGGUGUUUGACACCCUCUACCUGAUAGGAUUCAUCUUUCAACACAGCUUCCUUAAGUCAGCGUUUGUCAAGAAGCUAUUGGCCAAAUGUGGUUUGGGUGGAGCAGAGCGAACUAUUUAUAGUCUGACGUCAUCGAUUUGUUUACAUUACCUGAUUGCCAAUUGGCUGCCCGCCCAGUCGAUCGUCCUGUGGCAAAUUGAUGUGGAGGAAAGCGCUCCUCUUUGGUGGACUUUUGCAAUCACUCACGGUUUAUGCUGGGUUGUCAUCUUUGGAGGCACUUUGGUAAUGGAUCUACCGGAGCUGCUGGGCAUCAAGCAGGCCUACUUCGACCUAAAGGCGUAUGGCGAGCCUAUAAACUUCAAAUCCAGUGAAUUGCGCAAUUUGUACGCUCACGUGAGGCAUCCUUCGUUUGUGGGUUUAUCCGUGAUUCUCCUUGCCACCAAUGUGAUGAGCGUUGACCGCCUCCUGUUGGCCCUUCUCUUGAUCACUUAUAUGUACGUGGCCUGGUCGACGGAUCACAAGGAUGUUGCCUACCAGAAAUUGCAACUACAGCGCAAAAAGCUGGAGCUGAAGGCCCAGUAAUUUGCAUAUCUUUUUACUAAGCAAUAGAAGUAAGUUUGACACUGGUUUGUACUAAAAAUCAAUUAUAAGUUGUCGAAAUAUAUCAGAACUACUCAAUUAA